UAACACAAUAUGUACUGCAUUAGUAGUACAAUGGAAACAUGCAGUACUAGAAGUAAUCGAUAUGAAGCUUGCGUCAUUGAGGAGUGACAUUUUGUGAGCUAAAUUUGAAACUGAGAAAAAUAGCAGACACGAUUGUGAAUUCGUAUUUCUGAAGCGCCUCCACAAAAUCUCGUAAUAAACGAGACACAGUAUAUCUCAAAGAUGGCUGCAUGUCUUAUCAUGACUUGAAUCUGGAAAAUGUAUUUACUUUUCAGUCAUACACGUAUCAUGUUGAAAGUGGAUGGGUGGUUGCUAUCGCAAGAUGAAAUAUUUUUGCGGCUAGUCUAACAAGUGCGAUGGCGGACGAGGAUGCCGAACGACAUGCCUUAGAUGUUUGCCAGUCAAUGAUUGACAUUUCUGCUAAUCGCUUAGAAGGAUUGAGAACACAAUGUGCAACGAGUGCAGAACUUACACAGCAAGAAAUCAGAACGUUAGAGGGAAAACUGAUAAAGCUCUUUUCAAAACAACUGGUCACGAAAGCAAAACUUGGAGAUUCACUCCCACCUGAGAUAAGACAUCUGCCAUCUCUAAGACAGUGGUUAUUGGUUGUAGGUCUCAGCCCUGAAUCCAUAAAGGCUGUUUGCGAGAAAGUGAUAUCCUUAGAAGCAUUAAGAGAGAGAUCAGAAAGGGAGAUAAGGAUGUUGGUUCUUGACAGAAAUGCGUGCAAUUUGUCAUAUGAAGAGAGGACUGCAAGGGAGGAAGAAGUCAGAAGGCUCAAUCGUGCUCUGCAGAAUCUUAGAAAAUACACUGAGGCGCUAAUGUGUGGCAAAGGAGUGGUGGGAGAAGAGAUGACCUUGUACUGGGAUUCAUGGGACAGACACCAGGUACUGAAAGGCAGCAGUAACUCAUCACCAAGACCUCCCAGAACUAGAGCAUCACGUUCUUCAGUCCCUUCUGAGGAUUUUUUGCAACAGAGUGGGUCAGGUGGUAGCAGUACACUCACUGGUUCAGGAUCUGUGUCAUCGCUGCCUCGCUAUACACCACCCAACACUCCGCCUGUAAGCAAGAGUCGCUCAGGUGAACGUGUGAAGUUUCCAACAACACCACCACCACGCAAAAAGCACCAGACUGGACUCCUGCCUGAAGCGUAUCCCCUAACCAAGUCAAAGAGCCAUGAGUCUCAGCUGGCAAAUCGGGUGGAUGGAGGAGACAGCAGUGGUGCAAGCAAUGAGCAUAUUCCAGGAACAGGUGGUAGGCUGAUGCGCCGGGGUCGGUUGCCAACAGAGCCAGGACCCAACUGCAGUAGUGAUCUAAUUGGCCAAGAAAACACCUCGCCCCAGCUUGGCAGCCCCUCAAGAGCUCCACCUAGUCCAGCAUUGCCUGAUGACCCCUCCAAUAAGGCAACACUUCAAGUUCCAAAGUCUCCAAGGACACCCACAGUUUCACGUGGAAUGGGUCACAUGAUUGCACAUCGCUUCACAAAAGCAUUUAAAGUGAUGACAACUUGUGAUUACUGUGACAAGCAGAUGUUCUUAGGCACAGGUCUGAAAUGCAAGGAGUGCAAAUAUAAAUGUCACAGGGAAUGUGAAAGCAAAGUGCCCCCAAGUUGUGGCUUACCUAGGGAAUUCCUUGAUGAAUUUCGUCGGCAGUUGCAGCCAGAUGCAGUAUUCACAUCUAACCAGUCUCCAAGCUCCGGGCGACCAAGUCAGUCUUCUCCAAGUCAUCACCCAUCGGUGCUGUUGACGUCAUUUGGAUGGAGAGACCGUAAACGUUCACAUCCACAGCCUUCUGUUAAUGUUCAAGCAUUUCCGGGUCCUGACUCAAGUUCAAACACAUCUUCUUGUAACAGCUCAACGCCAUCAAGUCCGGCACUUGUCAUGACAGCCCAUACCCCUCAUGCUGCUUCUAAACAACAAUUUCAUUUUCCAGAUGUGAAUUCGCAGCCUGAGAAGGGUGUCACCUUAGAGACACAUCCAUUGGCUCCUUCUGCGUCAACUCCAGUUAGUAGUUCUUCUGUCAUUACGAAUACUUCAGUAAAGACAACAGAGACGGUGGAGAGUGAUGACCUUGCAGACACAUCAAAGUCCAAUGACAGUGAGCGUACUGUGUCUGGUAGUGACAGUGAACGUACACCUGUGCGGGUUGACUCCCAGGAUAGUCAAGUGUCUGAUGGGGAAGCAGUUGAACGAACCUGGCCCAGACAAAACAGUCUUUCAAUGAGGGAGUGGGAUAUCCCAUUUGAUGAAUUGAAGAUGGGUGAGCCAAUUGGUACUGGAAGGUUUGGAACUGUGUACCGUGGGAACUGGCAUGGUGACGUGGCCAUUAAGGUUCUCAACACACACCACCUGGAUGAUGAGAAGACACUUGAGGCCUUCAAGCUUGAGGUUGCAACAUUCCGGAAGACAAGGCAUGAAAACCUGGUUCUUUUUAUGGGUGCUUGUAUGAAGCCACCACGACUUGCCAUAGUGACAAGUAUGUGUAAAGGAAUGACGCUGUAUACACACAUACAUUUGCGUAAAGACAAGUUCAAUAUGAACAAAACCACUAUUGUUGCUCAGCAGAUAUCUCAGGGAAUGGGAUACCUUCAUGCAAGAGGCAUCAUUCACAAAGAUCUGAAGAGCAAGAAUAUAUUCUUAGAAAAUGGGAAGGUUGUGAUCACUGACUUUGGCUUGUUCAGUGUUACAAAGCUGUGCUAUGGAAAUAGGAAAGGUGAUGGCUUGAGCAUCCCUCCAGGAUGGUUGUGCUAUUUGGCUCCUGAAAUUGUUCGGAGUCUGCGGGCAAGACAAAAGCCUGAUGAAGAAGAACUGCCUUUCACCAAGGCUUCAGAUGUCUAUGCAUUUGGGACGGUAUGGUAUGAACUGCUAUGCGGUGAAUGGCCGUUCAAGGCACAGCCUCCUGAAGCCAUUAUUUGGCAAGUGGGAAAAGGAAUGAAGCAGUCACUAGCAAAUCUGCAGGCCUCCAGAGAUGUCAAAGACAUCCUGAUGCUUUGCUGGUCCUUCCGACCUUCGGAUAGACCAGAUUUCACUUUGCUCCUCAAGACACUGGAAAAGCUGCCAAAGAAGCGCCUAGCACGCAGUCCGUCACAUCCUAUCCACCUGUCACGCUCUGCGGAAUCUGUGUUCUGAUGCUAUCUAUUUAUUGCAGUAGCCCUGUAUUAGCUUUUCUGCAUACAAGAUUAUCAUCACAGCAGACUGAUUGCAUGUGCUCAGAAAGUUACCGUAUCAUCGUGUGUACAGUACUUCUCUCUUUGUUAAUAUUAUUAGGAAUGUGGGACGGGUUGUUAUAAUUAUGUUGAUUAUUAAAAUAUUAACUUGUUUUUUACUUCAUAAUACAAAAAGCCAUUGAUAACGGAGACUAUAUACUCAAUAAUUUGUCUUUUUCAGCAGCCUUGCCAUAAUGUUAUCUGUUUGUAAAUUCUCACAGUGAAACCUCAUUUUUACAUUUCCUUUGUAAUGUGGGUCUAGUUGUGUAUUUGUAACUUAAAAAGUCAAGUAGCUACCAUGUAAGAAUGAGAUUGUUUACAAAGGAACACAAAUAAUUGUAAUGAAUGCUUGGCACUUAUGACUUUAAUCUGAAAGUUCUUUCUUCAGUUGUUUUAAUUACAGACCUACUAUUAAAGGUUUUUCUGAUCAGCUUACAUAGAUCCACCAAAAAAACUCUCUCUUCUCUUUCCAUUCAGUAGAUCACUUUCUGGCUUCAUCUGUAUUUCACAUCACAUUUAGCAUUAGUAUAAACUUGUCAAUACAUAAAACUAAAUUCAGGAUUGCUGGAAUACAGAUUAUGUGCUGUAAACAAAAUACUGAGUUAUUCCCCACAAAAUGGUAUAAUUAGUUAGAUAAAAUCCAUCUGGUAUGUUAACCAUCCCAGAUUUUGUUAAAAUCCAUCUGGUAUGUUAAGCAUCCCAGAUUUUGUUAAAAUUUUGUGUACAUGUUUGCUAAAUGUCCAUAGAAAGAUAAAUACAUGUCAAUUGCACGGAUUCCAAUACUUCAUAAAAAUGAGUAUCAAAAUGUCAUGGCGACAUUUCAGAAAUUUUGACAAAGUUUGGAGUUCUGUAAAUCACUGAAUAAUUCUAAUGAAGCUGAAAAACAUGGCAAGAUGAUUGAAAAUUGGCAGUGUGCACAUUGUAUAAAUUUUGUUAUUUGAUUCUAUAUUUUUACUCCAAUUAGUCAAGAAAUUUUGUUAAUACAAAAUUUCUCCUAAUUAGCUUCAUCUUUUCAUAUGGUUGGUGUCUGAAUCUCCCCUUUUGCAGCAACGUUGUGUAGUUGUGUGUUCAUAAAACAUGCAAAUUUCAUCACCAUUAGAUUUUUAGUUUUUGAGAUUUAAGGGGCCAAAGUUGACCAAAAAAAAGUUAUUUUCAUAUCUUUGUGUCUCAUAAAGAAGCACUUUCUAAACUAGCUGUGAGGCUACAUAACAUGGAAAAUUGUUUGCAGAAAACAUAUAUGACUCCUAUUGGUACUUGAAGCAAUGACAGAGAAUCAAAUGACACAAAACUUACAGUAUGUGCACAAUGCAAACUGUUGAACCUUUCGGACAAGUUUUUCAGCUUUACAACAAUCGUUCUUUGAAACACAGCACGUCAAACCAGGCUGAAAUAUUUGAAAUGUCAUGACAUUGUCUUCCUUCACUUAAAUGGUUACUACUCAGACUAUUAAAAUAUGUGAAUUAGAUACGCAAUUAUUUUACUUUGGUAGUUUAGCAUACCUGCACACACAAUUUGAAUAGUAUCUGAGAUACUUAGUGGGGAUCCCUAUUCCACUUGAUAUGGAAUCAAUGCCAUCUAAAAUGUGAAAAUCAUGUUGCACAUUCAACUCACAUACCAAGCAUUUCACUCUCGUGCACAGCUGUUUCAAGCAAUUUACCCCUUUAAUGAGAAUAAGACUUGUCUGUGAAAGUGAGAACAGCUAAAUUGGUGCUCGUAAACACACCGGGUUCUUUUAGUUGUGUCAUUAUUUUGGAAUUGUCUCAGUACAUAGACAAAAAACAAAUUCGCGUACAUACGCAGUCACACAAAGACAGGUACUUCCAGCACUGUGCUCUUCAUAAAUCCUACAUAGCCUCUUCGACCUUUUAAUAUAAUUAAAAUAACUUAUUUGUUGACCUCCAUUAUGUGCCAUUAUUGUGUUGCCACAGCAGCUGCCACCUACUACUUAGCUAAUGCUCAGUGAGCUACCUACACAGACAGUAUACAGUCAACAAUAUUUAAACAGCCUGUGGGCAGAGCUUAGUGAUCUGGUUGAUAAGUGGUGAUUGUUCUGAACAUUAGCUGCAAGUGAAAUAUUUUGGUGUGACACAUUGGCAACAGCAAACAAUUUGUGCAUUGUAUUCUGAGGUCCGAUUGGAGGAACUCUGUUCUAAAGUGUAAAAGUCAACAACAAAAAUAAUUUUAAUCAGACUAUAGCAUAUGAGCUUGAUAUUGUAAUAUAGGGUUUGACUUAGAAUGUUUUUCUUAGCCUUUAUCGAUGGUGUAUGUAAUAUGUCUUUUUCAAGAAAGCCGAGAUAUGUUUUGCUAAUUGGCGUAUACUUCUUUGUGUUCUCUGUUAAAAAAUAACAAUGCCGGGCACCUCAGUAGUUUCUCUUCUGUUGCUCAGAGAACUAAAUAUGAAACAAAAAGUGAAAAAGUGAGGUUUCACUUGUAGGCUAGAUAUGAAAUUUUAACUUUUGUCAUUAUUUGUGUAUGUCGGAGUUAAUUAUUUAGAGAAAUGUAACUUUGUGAUUGUUGGAAGAUAAGGUGCAUCAUUUCUUUUCUUGUGGUACUUUGUAACAGCUGAUACUCAACGCCAUCUAAUUCUGAACAUAAUACGUAGUUCUGAUUGUUUCGUUGCUAUGGUUUGAAUUGUAUUUAGUAAGAUGCAGAUCACCUAGCAUAUAAUAUUAUUAGUGUGCCAUCUCAGUGGCUCAGACAUUUUGUGAACAUACAAAACCACAUCUCCUUUCUCUUUACAAACAGUUUCUUUUCUGAUCA